AUGACACCUGGAGAGCUAGCUCUCGCGAGCGGCAACUAUACCCCAGUUACCCAUUUCCUCUUACUGGGCUUCUCCGAUUACCCGGAUCUGCAAGAGCUUCUCUUCGGAGUCUUCCUGCUCAUCUACGCCAUGACCGUGGUGGGCAACCUGGGAAUGAUGACCCUCAUCUUCACAGACUCCCGUCUCCACAGCCCCAUGUAUUUCUUCCUCAGCAUCCUCUCUUUUCUUGACAUCUGCUACUCCUCUGUGGUCACGCCCAAGCUCUUGGUCAACUUUCUGGCCUCGGACAAGUCCAUCUCUUUUGAGGGCUGUGUGAUUCAGCUGGCCUUCUUUGUGAUACACGUCACCACCGAGAGCUUCCUUCUGGCCUCCAUGGCCUAUGACCGCUUCAUGGCCAUCUGUCAGCCCCUCCAUUAUGGUUCUGUCAUGACCAAAGGGACUUGUCUCCAGCUCGUGGCUGCUUCCUAUGCAUUUGGUGGUGCCAACUCUGCUAUCCAGACCGGGAAUGUCUUUGCCCUGCCCUUCUGUGGGCCCAACCAGGUAACCCACUACUUCUGUGACAUCCCCCCGCUCCUGCGCCUCGCUUGUGCCGACACGGCCACAGCAGGGGUCGUCCUCUACCUCUUCUCGGCACUGGUGACCCUGCUGCCUGCUGCGAUCAUCCUCACCUCCUAUAGCCUGGUCUUGGGAGCCAUCGGGAGGAUGCGCACGGCCGCGGGGCGGGAGAAAGCCCUCUCCACGUGUGCCUCCCACUUCCUGGCCAUUGCGAUUUUCUACGGCACCGUGGUCUUCACGUACGUCCAGCCCCAUGGAUCGGCGGACACCAAUGGCCAAGUCGUAUCUGUCUUCUACACCAUCAUCAUCCCCAUGCUCAACCCCUUCAUCUACAGCCUCCGCAACAAGGAGGUGAAGGAUGCCCUGCACAGGAAGCUCCAGGUCAGCAUCUUCCCGAGCUGA